GAAGAUCCUUAGGGUCUGGUUUUCUCAUCCGUGUCACGUAUAAUUCGCUUCUCCCCGCAAUGUGCAACGCCAAGUCUGCAAUGAACAACAUCCUUCACGGACCAGCAUCAGAGGCGCUAGAACGCACCACCAAGCGAAGGCGAAUAGGAAGCCAAAACCAGAGUAUGCCACCUGCUGCUGAUCCGUUUUCCUCGGAAGACUUGUUUCAGUCCGUCACGUCUGCAUCCGACGAAGGAUUCCCUUCCAUCGGAUGGAACUUUGACGAUGAUGAAACCGACUUAGAACCAUUUAUGGCAACGACCGGUGACAACUUUCGACAUCGAAUCAAAGGAACUAAACGCGAACGUGGAGGUCUCCUCAGGUGCAAAUCUUUCAGACAAGGCCUUUCCGGGAUCGCCUUGGAAGAGCAUUUCUGUAGUACGUCGAAGUCCUUGGAAACAUGCGAUACUUUGCAAGUAUGCAACGAAAGAGAAAGCUCUCUCUGUGUAACAAAAAAUCUUCCCCAUGUUCCGUUCGGAUCGGCGCUGCAUGGCCAUCGAUUUCGCGACCUUUCUGCAACCAGCUUGAUAAGGAAAGAAGGUCCGAAGCCACACGCUCUCUGCCCCCUUGCCUGAUUUUCUCGAGGAGACUGUUGCCGCAUCAACGUUCUUCCCCAGCUACUGUACAAGCAUUUUAAAAAACUAAUGCUAUGAUUUUGC